AUGACCGAGGUGUUCCAUCUAUUUCUGGAGCUUCCAUUCGAACUGCGUCGCAUGAUCUGGAAAGAAUGUCUUCCCAAAUCGCGUGUCUUUGACACAAUGCUCCCCUGCCUUGUCUAUGAAAAGUCUCGAUGUCGCGGCACCCGCUGGUCGUCUCGUCAAAGUUGGAGACCGCCGAUCAUCACCCGAGUAUGUCGGGAGUCUCGUGCCGUGGCCCAUGAAACGGGUCGAGUCCUCUUCUACGGUGACGAUCCCAAUGUGCCCGACUACAUCGACAGCGUCUGGUCAGACGCCACAACCGACAUCGUGGCUCAAUAUUGGUGUCCGGGCCUCGAGAGCGUCAUGUUCUGGCCGCAUGAUGAGCCGGACACCUAUCUCUUUCACUACGCGCCUCGGUAUCGGGGCACCUUGAUCGCCGAGGCGCGGCUGAGUCGCGCGCUGCGCUCACCGACCCCUAGCGCAGAUUGGUCGACCUUGUCCCAAUUGCAACAUUGCUAUGUGUGUCUGGAGAACCCAGUGAUGAUUCAUCUGACGCGCAAGGAACUGCUCCUCUCAGGAUUGUUCGGCCGAUUGGGAGAGGAGUUCAUUCAACUCGUUGAUCCGACUGAUGUCUCGCGUCUGAAGAAGUUUCACAAUCUGGCAUUGACCUCCAGUCAGCAACUUCCCGAGACGUUGGAAUUUUUCGAACAACUCCAUACUUCUACUUCUCAAUACAAGAUCCACAACUGGGCUCGUGAGACCCUGAUACGGUGGAUCUACCAGGAAUGGCUGCAGGCCAAGCAAACCAGCUUUGUGGGAAUUCCACAUCCCGAGCGUAUCUGGCUCGGCCCACGAUCCCCAGGGGUCGACGAGAAGCCGUUCAAUCCGAUGGCCCCGGAAACGUACAGCAAGUACAGCAUGUGGUUCCAUCUUUCGGACACGAUGCACUUUUUGUAUGAUGAAAAACAUCCCUGGGUAAAAGAGAAGCUCGCCAAAGCACCUCGUUUCUUGCCCCGAAUCAUGAUUCGACCUUGUAUCAAAAGAUGCUGGUUCCCCCCACGCCGCCUCGGCGUGGGUGGCCGAGAGGACAUUAUCGCGUAG